CUUUUCUUGGCUUUCACCGUCAUGAUUUCUGCAGGAAUCUGGCAAAACAGACUCUUUGUAAAAUUCAAUGAAUUUAUAUUGUACAAUCAACAACCUAUUUGGUGCUGGUACCGACACUACGGCUACAACUCUACGCUGGGGUCUUCUUCUCAUGGCCAAAUACCCUGAAAUACAAGCCAGGGUUCAAGAUGAGAUUGACCGAGUGAUCGGUGGACGUCAGCCAGUGGCGGAAGACAGGAAGAACUUAUCAUAUACAGACGCUGUGAUCCAUGAAACCCAGAGAUUUGCAAACGUAAUACCCCUUGGUUCCCCUCAUCAGACCACCUGUGAUGUUCACCUGAAUGGAUACCUCAUCAAGAAGGGUACCAGUGUGUGGGCGCUACUGGCAUCUGUACUGAGGGAUGAAAAUGAGUGGGAAACUCCUGACAGCUUCAACCCAAGUCAUUUCCUAAAUAAGCAGGGACAGUUUGUCAAAAGGGACGCCUUCAUGCCCUUCUCUGCAGGCCGCAGGGUUUGUCCUGGAGAGAGUUUGGCCAGGAUGGAGCUCUUUCUGUUCUUCACCUCCCUCCUUCAGCAUUUCCGCUUCACUCCUCCUCCAGGAGUGUCUGAAGAUGAGUUGGAUCUCUCACCAGUCGUGGGCUUCACUCUGAACCCAUCCCCCCACAAACUGUGUGCAGUCAAACGGUCUUAAAGUUAUAAACAUGCUAUCGAAUGUCUGUCACUUUGUUUGUUUUUUCCGCUUGUAUAUUGCAUUUAUUCAUUUAGAUUUCCAUUGGAAACACAUUCAAUGUUUAUUACUUUUCAGAUUUAUAACUAUAGUGCUUUUGCUUUUAAGUAUAAAAGCACGCUAAAUAUGUAAAUAUCACUUUAAUAUCAUACAAAUAUUGUUGGUAAAACUGAUGAUAGCAUUUACACUUGGAAGCAAUGUAAAGUAAUAGUUGCCUACAGAUGGUUCCUUUAACUAAAAGAUGAGGAUUGAGAAAAG